AUGGGGGCGCCCUCCUUGCCCCUCUCCCGGCCCCCCUCCCAACGCGCCCGAAACCAGCUCCCGCGCUGCCUGGCCGACUCCGAGACCCCUGCGCCCCGGUUCACACAAUCCAUCACCCGCCAUUCCCAUCUCUCCAGGCGAGCGGCCGUCGCAUCGCUGCCGCUGAUCGCCAUCGUCCUGCGGGCGCCGAUCGGCUCGGCGGCGGUCGAGGCGCCGGCGGCGGUCAUUGUUCCCGGGCUGGCGCCCGACCAGUCGAGGUACGACGCGGCGGAUCCCGAACUGCGGGCCGCGGCGGGCCUGGUGCGGGAGGCCCUUGAGGCCGGGAGCCUGGAGGAGGAGGAGGAGCUGUGGACGAGGAUAAUCGACGGCUACGGAGGGCGGGACGCGGAAUGGGCGCCCGACGUGGUGGGAAGGGCGCUGGGGAACCGCGGGAACGCGAGGAGCCGGAGGGGCGACUUGGCGGGCGCCGUUGCGGAUUAUAACGCGGCGAUCGAGGCAUGCCCAUGGUCUGUGGACCCUGUGCUGAACCGGGGCGUUGCCCUGGAGGCGCUGGGCAGGUGGGAUGAGGCUAUCAGGGACUACAGAUCCGUGCUAAAGGUCGCCCCAUUCGACCCCAGUGCUCUGAACAACCUUGGCAAUGCUUACGCAGGGAAGGGCCAGUGGGACGAGGCUGAGAGGUACUAUGGCCGUGCUGUGGCGCUGGCCCCGGAGUUUGCCUUUGCUGCUGCAAACAGAGCAUGUGCGCUGUACCAGCUGGGGCGAGUUGACGACUCCCUGCGUCUGAUGAGGAACCUGCUGCGACGUUACCCCACAUUCCCUGACAUGCGGGCAGCCCUGACUGUAGCUCUGUGGAGAAAUGGCGAGGAGGGCGAGGCAGAGGAGGAGUGGCUGCGGGUGGAUGACCCCAGGUAUCGUGAUGUCGCCUGGCUCAAAGAAAGCAGGCGGUGGCCUCCCGAUUUGAUAACCGGCAUGGAAGCUUUUCUUGAACUGAAGUCUCGGGUUUGA